GAAAUUUGUCUGGGGGAAAAGCACGUUGCACAAACUCACUGCUUCUUCUUUCUUUUGUCUUUCCUCUUCUUCUUCCAGACCAGGAUGAGAGAGCGGCGGAGCUCAGCAGGGAGCAGAAUGAGAAGACAAUUCGCAGCACGCAGACAGCUCUCCGCAAUUUCCGAGAGUUCCUCAUCUCCAAGUACCCCUCUGAGACCCGGGAGAUCUACGUCAUCCCCUGCAAAGAGCUUGAUGCCUACCUUGCUUCCUUCUUUGUGGAUGCCAGACAAAAAGAUGGGUCUGAAUAUGAGCCAAACAGUCUGGCCAACUAUCAGUGUGGGCUGGAGCGGUAUCUCAAAGAGCACAGGUAUGGAUACAGUAUUACGAGGGAUAAGGAGUUCAAGAGGUCCCAGGAAGCUCUAAAGCAAAAGCAGAUAGAGCUGAGGUGUAAAGGAAAAGGAAACAAGCCCCACAAAUCCAUGAAGCUCACUUUUGCUGACGAGCUUAUCCUGCGCAAAAGAGGCUUGUUGAGCCGGUACAAUCCCGAACUUGUCUGGUUAAACAACGCCAAGGCGUUUGGACACUCCACAGGUUUCCAUGGGUCCACCCUCAAGUGGGGAGAUAUCCGGCUGCGGGUGACAGAGACCGGAUUGGAGUACCUGGAGUGGAUGGGGCCAGACAACGGAGACGUCAAUGCCAAGAGCAAGAGGGGCGGGACAGACUCCCGGGUGUAUGCCACGCAGCAUUCCCCACAGACCUGCCCCGUGCAAGACUACAAGGAGUACGCCCAGCGGCGGCCUCCAGCCAUGCGCUACGAGGACGCGCCUUUUUACCUGUCCAUCAAACCAGUCGUCAACUUGGCCGCACUUCACUGGUACAAUUGCCAGGCCCUGGGGAAAAAUAAGCUUGCCAAGAUGGUAAAGACGAUGUGCGAGAAAGGCAACAUCCCCGGCAGGAAGACCAACUUCAGCGUCUACCAGAGCUGUAGCACCCUCUCAGAAGCACAGAGCAACCAGCUGGUGCUGAUCUGCAAUAACUUGAGCCAACAGGCUGCCCAGUCCAUCUCCAAUACUGGCAACUUCAUAGUGUCAGCAUCCUAUGACUCUUCCUCUGACACUGCUUGAAAGAAGGAUACCACCUGAACACCUUUUUCUUUUCCUUUUUGUUUCAAGCUUUGAAUUUGUGCCCAACGAUACACAUCAACUGUGAUUGUACACUAUUCCCCCAUAGCCCUCUCUCCAGUGUUAACUCACUUUAUAAAAAUAUAUAAAUAUAUAAUAUAUUUUUCUUUUUAGAAACAAGUCAAUAGAAAUAGUUUAGUAUUACUAACAUAGUAUUUAUAGUGUUAAUACAAAAAGGAAAGGUACUUAUGGGUUAUAAUAUAAAUGCAGAUUUUAAAAGGACAAAAAUGGUUCUCAGGCAACACAAGAUAGACUGGAAAUACCGUUUUUAACAUGCACACAUCAGUGAGUAUAAAUCCCCAGGGAAGCUUACGUAGCAAUUCUAUUUUAAAGCAUUUUUCAACUUCUUAUUUUAAGAUGACCUCCCAGAGUGGAGACAAACUUAUCACUGGCUGCUGCUUCUUACCUGCUGGCUUAUACUUGAUCAGCAAGACCAAGA